UAAACACCAACGCUUUUCUCUCUCUUCACUCCUCCCUCGCUUCUCCAUCUCCGCCUCCCUCCCUCUCCCUCCUCGCACCAAAAUUCCUCUUUUUUAUUUCACCUCACACCAAUCCUUACCGUCCUUUGCCCUCGCGUGCUCUCCUACAACCCAAUCCGGGCUGCUGGUCCUUGGAUGGACUCGGGUCUCGACUAGCUAUAGGCCCUGCUCGGCGCGGAGGGCGCGCGACACUCACUCCUAGGGUUCUUGGCCCGGGGCUUCUCCAAUGGUGCUGCGGCGCUUCGCCUGGCCCUUCGGCGGCCAGCGCGCCUCCUUCUGUGGCAGCUUCACCGGCUGGAGGGAGUGCCCCAUGGGGCUCGUCGGGACUGAGUUCCAGGUGGUGUUCGAUCUCCCACCAGGGCUUUAUCAGUACCGCUUUUUGGUGGAUGGUGUCUGGAGAUGUGAUGACACAAAACCUAUUGUACGUGAUGAAUAUGGCCUGAUCAGCAAUGAAAUGCUUGUCACACUUGUGGAGAAUAAUACACACCCGGCUGUACAGCUAGAGCCACCUCCCAUUAGAAGAAUGAAUUUGGAUGAGGGUACUAUCUUGACAACAAUGCCACCAGAACCACCAUCUCGAAACUCAGGCAUGCAGAUUGCAGUUUUCCGCCAUCGGGUCUCUGAAAUACUAUUACAUAAUACCAUAUAUGAUGUUGUUCCUGUUUCUAGCAAGAUAGCAAUUUUGGACGCUCGGCUUCCUGUCAAACAAGCAUUUAAUAUUAUGCAUGAUGAGGGCCUUGCUUUGGUUCCUCUUUGGGAUGAUGGCCAAGGAACCGUAACAGGCAUGCUAACUGCUUCUGAUUUUGUAUUAAUUUUGAGAAAGUUGCAGAGGAACAUUCGAGUUCUGGGCCAUGAAGAGCUUGAAAUGCAUUCAGUUUCUGCUUGGAAAGAAGCAAAACUGCAGUAUUAUGGAGGGGCUGAUGUCGCAGGCAUGCAAAGAAGGCCAUUAGUUCAUGUUAAGGAUUCGGAUAAUUUAAGGGAUGUGGCACUGACUAUAAUACAAAAUGAAAUAUCUUCAGUCCCUAUCUUUAAGUCCUCGACGGAUAUAUCAGGGAUACCGUUACUUAAUCUUGCAACUCUUCCAGGGAUUUUGAAAUUUCUUUGCUCAAAGCUCCAAGAACAACCAGAAGGUUAUCCCAUUUUGCGAAAUCAGAUUUCCAGUAUUCCUAUUGGUACAUGGUCGCAGCAUACUGGAAGGGCAAGUACUAGACAGCUUAGAACAUCGGGACUGAGUGCUCCUCUAAUUACUUGCCUGGAUUUUCUUCUGGAAGAUAGAAUAAGCUCAAUUCCUAUAGUUGAUGAUAAUGGUUCCCUUCUUGAUGUCUACUCACUCAGUGAUAUCAUGGCUCUGGCGAAGAAUGAUGUUUACGCUUGCAUUGAACUUGAGCAAUUGACCGUGGAGAAUGCUUUGGAGCUGCAAUAUCAGGUGAAUGGGCGGAGACAGUGUCAUACCUGUUUGAGCACGAGUACGUUGCUCGAGGUGUUGGAUCAAUUGUCUGUUCCAGGGGUGCGGCGGCUUGUCGUUAUUGAACCGAUGACUAGAUUUGUGCAAGGAAUUAUCUCAUUGAGAGACGCAAUAACAUUUCUCCUUGGAUAACAUUUGUGUAGCCAUUUCAUACAUGAAAGCCUGUUGUAUUUGAUUGGGACAAAAUAAAAAUGUUGUUUUGGCAGAUGCAGGAGUUGUUCAUAUCUUC